AUGGCUAGCAGCUCGACAACACCAGAGAGCACGACGUCCAGAUGCAUGACGCAGCACGUCACGGCGACGGUCAAUUUCGAGAUCACCAACUACCUGCGGCUCAAGGGCAUGUCUGUUGGGGAGUUCGUCAGCUCGCCUGUUUUCAGAGUCGCUGGCUACGAUUGGGAGAUCAGGUUCUACCCUGCCGGGAAGAAGGACUUCAGUGCCGGCAAAGCCUCAUGCUUCGUGCGCUAUCUCAGCCAAGGUAAGGAUGUGUGGACCAGCUUCGCGCUCAGCAUGCUGGAGACGAAGGGCCAGGAACAGGUAGCCGGCUUCGGCACGAUGCAUCAUGUCUUCUCUCCGAGGAAAGACGAACGGGGCCAUGAGAAGUUCGUGGACAGAUCGAAGCUGAAAUCUGUGUCGCGCCAGGGCGAUGGCUGCUUCACCAUACGGUGCGUGCUCACCGUCAGCAAGGAGUCUCCUCCACUGGAGCUGGCCGGACACCUGGAGCGCAUGCUCGGAAACGGGAGAGGCGCGGACGUCACCUUCUGCGUGCGUGGCCAGAAGUUCGGCGCGGAUAGGUCCCUCCUGGCCGCGCGAUCGCCAUUCUUCGCGGCACAGCUAUUUGGUCCGAUGGCGGAGAAGGAUAUGCGGCGCGUGGAGGUGGACGACAUGGAGCCUACCAUCUUCCAGAUGAUGCUUCACUACAUCUACACCGAAUCGCUGCCGCCGGCGCCGGGUAGCGAUGACGGAGAGGGCAACAACAUUGCGGUGAUGCAACAUUUGCUGGUAGCUGCAGAUAGGUACGGCCUGGAUACGCUGAAGCAGAUGUGCGAAGAAGAACUCUGCAAUCUGAUGGAUGCGGAGACCGUCACGAGCACGUUGGCGUUAGCAAACCAGCACCAAUGCGAACGGCUCAAAAAGGCAUGCAUGUCGUUUAUGGAGUCGGCGGAAGUGAUGGGAGCUGCCGUAGAGACCGACGGGUUCAAGGAGGGCCUGAAGACAUGUUCACCGCCUUUGAGUUUGGAGGUGAGCCCCGGGGAGAAAAGCCAACCAACAAUCUAG